AUGGCUCCAACAAAGAUCACCUUCUCGUCUGAGAACAUUCCUGGCGAGAAAGCCUUGUGUCUCAACCAUAAGGGCCUUUCUCAAGCUCACAUCACUGUGACGGAGCUGGGUGAUGAAUCUCAAUCCGACUCUGAGUUAUCCACAUCUUCUACUUCGGUCCCUUCACCUCCAGGCGUCCACGCAUUCGGCGCCGAAGCUGAGUACUUCUGCUUGUCGUUCGAGGUUCUCAAUGUCCUGGAGCAGUACGGCACACACGUUGGCCAUCAAGCCACCACUACGGACGGAAGUCUUGCGAUGUGGAGUGGAAAGCUUCGUUUCUUGCCUCACGUCUACCAUCACAUCUCCCGGUCUACGCCAGUCCAGCUUACUAUGCCGGCAUUUCCUUGCAAGAGUUCGAACCGCGAGAACAAAGUGCUAGGUCACCUGCCUGAUCUUGGCGAGGAAUUUGCACUGUGCCGUCUGAAUGCGAUGGCCGAAGACGUGGCAAAGGUUUACAAACAGGCUUUGGGCAAUUCGCUAUCGUGUAAUGUCACGGUCUUCAUGUUUUUGGACAAAGAAGAAGCAGGACACCCUGGCAGAAACCCGAACAUGCAGUCGGAGGAAUCCAAGGCCGACUGCACUGCAGACCAGUGCAAGCGCCCUGGCGUAUGA